CGCCGGCGUGCGGCAGGUAACGCAUCCCGGCUCCCGGCCGAGUUCAGAAUUAGCCCGCCGCAAGCCGAUACAUUACCAAAUGGGAAUCGCGCCUGCCAAAUAUGGCACGAAUCUCGAGUUUCUCGCUGGCAGAGCACCAGGCUGCGCGAACCUCUCUAUUCCCGUCUAAUGCUCGUGAAAAAACACGUAAAAACGCAUUUAUUUCUGUAGCGAGCGGCCUCUAAAUUUAGGCCGUAUGGAAACCGAAAGCUAUAGCGAUUUUGGUCGGCUUGCCUCGAUAUAGAUUAGUGUGCGUCGCUCGCGUCCACACGCACGCUCUGCCAGCGUCUCUGUUGCAGCGGUGCAUCUACUGCCGAGGUCUGCGGACCCACAGCUGACGUCACCGAACUGGAUGUCACUCGACAUGCUACCCGAGGGUGGAGAAAUAAUGCGUCGGGUGGCGUGUGGCGAAGGGUGUCCGGCGCCUGCGCCCCUACCACCGACUAAUAGAUUAUCAGAAAAUAAGGAAUUGCUUCGACAACAGCUGUUAUCAUCCAGCAAAGAUCGUAACAGCGAAAAAGUGGAGCCAAAAGUUAAACAAAUUCGGAACAGACAGAAGAAUAGGUGGAAGCUCAAAUUUCACCACCAAGCAUUGCCACAGGAAUAUCUUGAUCAUUACGAGCAGAGCCUCAAGGCUUCAGCAAAGAAAAAACCACAAGAAAAAGUCAAAGAGCAAGGCGACGUUAAUAUUACCAAUGAAGCAUUUAAAUUGUGGGCUCAGCGUCUAGCUGGCGUUCAAAACGAUGCAAAUCGGAGUGUUUCUCAAGCGGCUGUCAACAUGGCUGCCAAGACCAAAGAAGACAAGAAGAAAAAAGCCGCGGUGGCUCCGAGUAAAAUUAUGACGUACGACGACCUGCCUUACAUGGGCGAGAUGACACUUAAUAACUCCAAGCCCAGACGCGGCCGAAAACCAAAAAAAGCUGACAUCUGCCAUCUAAUAUACGAAAACUAUGGAACAGUAGUACCCGGCCAGCCUACACCCGGCGAUAAAUUAGGCUCUACGACCUGCCAACCGUUCAGAAAUACGGCCGCUCCCACUAAAACAAAUCUUCAGAAUAAAAUCAUUACAAGUUUAUUAGAAAGAAAGCUUUCACAGGAAAACAAAAGAAGACUAGAGAAUCCCACGCCUCCCAAAUUUUGUAGUCCAGACGAGCCAAUGCCGGAGGCACCACUUACUACCGCAGGACCCUUGCACAGCGAUGAUGAACCUCUGAAUCUAUGUAUUAGAGAUCUAAGAGACUUAAAAAUACAGAUUCAAAAGAAAUUUGGAAACAUAUACACAUCAACGCCAGAAAUCAAAACUGAAAUUGAGGAAGACUUAGAGAGCAUCAAGAGUGAACAACCAAACGCAAUAUCAGUUAUACAGAGAAACACCAACCUCCCUCACACAGCCAGCAGCUCACCUGACCUUUCACACCAGACGAGGAAUGUCUCUCCCACCCUAUCUGAACCGGCUCAGUCCACUACCAAUACAGAUGAUGAAAAGUUUCCUGGAUACGUGUAUUGGCCCAACGCUGGAAUAUAUAUGCAUCCAUUGGCAUUACAAACACAACUUUUGUAUUACCAGAAGCUAGCGGCUGCCGGCCAGUUGCCACCAACUCAGGACGGAGAUAAACUAACACAAACCAGUGCUAACAGUCCCACAGAAAAGUCACUCGAUGAAAAUAAAAAUAAACUAGUAUUGAAGCAAAUUUCCGAACUUCUAGAACCUAAAAUGAUUCCACAAUCGGAAGAUAAAAGCCCAGAGCCAACCAAAAAAAGAGUUUCACCGAAUCCUAAUCAAGGCCCUGUUAAAAGGAAGCGAUCAGCAAUUUUCAUUCCACCUAUGCCUGCUCGGAACAACUCGUCCACGCCUACUGCUGAAGUUAGUAUUUGCAAAUUUAAAUUUACUGGAGGCUCAAAACCGUCACUACAAGAAAAGAAAAUGCUCUCUGUAGAUUCUGGUGGUAACUUUAGGUACUACAGUGGAACUGGUACAAAAGGAACAAAGGGCUACGACUACAUCCAAAAGAACAAUGAAGAGAGGAUACAUUCGAUAGCACCAGCACCAUCAAUUUCACCACCACAGAAAAGCCUGGUGCUCAAAGACGAACUCAGUAAGAAGAAGAGAAAGUCGAGAAAGACUUUACAAAGGGAGAAGUUGGAACAGACAUUCAAGGAAAAAGGGUUUUUAAUACAGACACAACAGUUGCAGUCCGCAGAAGGUGCUACCUAUUGCAAGUUCAGGCAAUUGAGGAAGUUCACGAGAUAUCUGUUUAGAAGCUGGAAGGACUAUCUUCCUGGUGAAUUAGAGGAGAAAACGGCACAAGAGAAUUCGGAAGGACAGGCCAGUACUGCCAAUGAGGCUGGAGAAUGGGGGUGAUCACUGAACGAUGCAUGAUGAUGAAGAUUCAUGGCUAAAGACUUGUCGACCGCCAUCGGCCGUUAAUGCAUUUAACUUUCAUUAUUUAUUGAUAUAAUUGAUUAAAUUUGACAAUCGCGUUGCCGUCCAUUGUAGUGUGAAUAUAGAAAUUAUUUUAAAUAUAAUUAACAGUGUGUUGACUGUUUUAAAGACUUGAUAAAUGUGGUGGUUAGUUUAAUUAUUUCUAUUUAAGAGUACUUACUCAACUAGUCAUAUACAACCUCUUAUUACUAUUUAUAUAUUAACUAAUUACUAAAAUAAUUGCAGACAGUUGAGUGAUUUUUAAUUUGUGAAAAUGUGUUAUUUUGAAUUUAACUUUUCCUUCCUAUAGUCUUAAACAAAGUUGAAUAUGGUUGUGUGUACGGUUGCCAUUAUUUAUAUGUAAAUAAUGUUGAGUGGAUCUAGUCAUUUUGUUAAAUUAAUUAAAACAACAUUUUAUACUGAAACAAAGUUUAUUAACGCGUUUACAAAGUAAAUGCAAAUGGAAUGUAAACCAAUAAACAAUUUUAACUCAAA